AUGAGCUCAAGGCUGAAGAAAACAGCGGGGAAACAGGCCAAAGGUGCCAAGCUCCGUCGAGGAGGUGGAUCCAGAAGCAACUCAGACGACAGCGUCCGAGCAAGUUCCAGCAUAUUUGGCGCUAGAGGGAACUUGCUCUCGAGUCUCCAGCUGAGCAAUACACCAGAACUUGGCCAAGGGCUAACUCAAAAUUUUAGGAGUAUGACGGAUUUUGAAUCUGGAGAUGAGAUGCAUGAGAUUGACAAUGAGACGCCCAAGUCAGCCUACUCUCCUCCACCUGAGAUGAGGAAAAAGAGGAAAAUCAAUACGCCAGUUACUCAAUUGAACAAGGAGAUAGAAUUGUCGAUGCAUGAAGACCCGCUGGAGAGCGAACUUUCGGAAGAUUUUCUCAGUCGACAUCAUCCACCAGCGAGCAAGCGGAAAGCUCAAGCUCAAGCUCAAGCUCGGAACCACCCUGCACCGACAAGGAAAAAGACGGCAUCGAAGCCCGUUUCGAAAGCUAGACAGCAGCAUGCGCAAAAAAAAACUGCCGAGGGCAGCCAAUUGGACCUGUCCUUGAUGGACGACCUACUUAAACUAGGUAUACGGACGUCUCUGCGCUCAAGUCAAAGGUCACGCACUAAUCGCAUGACGGCAUUCGGGAAUGGGUUCGAUGGGCAACCACAUCCAGACGUGCCGCCGUCGACUUACCACCGGUUAUUGGACCAAGAUGCAUCAGAGGAGGAGCGAAUGAGGCAGUUGCUAAUAUGGAACUUUAAAGCGCACCUUGAACGAGACGAAGCACUGCAGGGUGCUGCCAGUGUGGACGAGACGGGCGUUCUGGAAAUCUGUAAGGCCAUCAAGGAGGAGUUUGUGCAACAGUUGGUGGAAGGAACGGUGUCGGUGGAUUGGAAAGGCGGACUAGACGCGGGCUCGGUGAUGUUGCCGAACGCGGCCAACAAGGCCAAUCAGGAACGUAUCAAGCAUGGUUCGAGGAUACUUCAGAGUCUAGAAAGCCAGAAACUGGAGUGGGAUCAAAGCUACAGAUCGAGCAUUGCUCAGGUGGAAACGCUAAUUGGAGAAGCUAGCCUGAAAGAGCAGUACUCGAAAAGAAUCGCGUCUAUCCGGAGCCAAGCUAGCGAUACACUAGUGGCUCAGUUCGACACGGUGGAAAGCAACUUUGACCAGACCCUUGCACAGUUGAAGCAAGCUCCACUUUUGGCGGAAAAGCUUUAUAUCACGGGGUAUCAAAUGAAAAAAGCUUUUGAGCUCGUCGAUGAUUUUGAGAAAAGUGUGAUUCAAAAGAAAAUCACGAGAGCAGUGCAAGACCGCGCAAAUACGCAAGCCAGUCAACAACCCGGUCAACAACUUAGCGUUGGAAAUGGCGUGGUGCCGGUUUCAAGAGCUGCUGAAAACAGAUCAUUUUUACGCACCGUUGGUAUUCUCAAAUCAAUCUGCAAAUUAUCGCAAAGCAACCCAACCCAGAGCUAG